UCAAGGUUUUGUCCAUCUCUUCCUCUUUCUCCUCCUCCUCUUCUACCAUGGGGCUAUGCGUCAGUGAUGCGUACCCGAGCAAUGCUGAUGCCUCCACCUCUCAUCAGUUCACAGACCCAGUUUACUCCCUACCACUACUGCCACCAUCUGAUGAUGCCUCCACCAGUAUCUAUCGGAAUAUUGUCUGCAAGAAUUCCCUCGUCUCGGUGCCCAUGCUAGCCCCAGAGGUCACCACUCUACCUGCCUUACUCGAGUUUGCUGGGGCCAUGAAUGGCCAGCGACCUUUCCUUGGGGCACGCCAUGGCCCAUCUUACUGCUUUAUGACCUACCGUGAUUUCUAUAUCCAGGUGUUACGCCUGGCCAGUGGUAUCCAGCAUUUGGGUGUAUGCCAGAAGAUAGCCUUCGAUGAUGAGCCCUACAAGAUGCUCUUUAGAAUGGCAGGCAUUUACGGUAGCAGCUGCAUCAACUGGGUUAUCACUGAGUUUGCAUGUCACACUGCAGGAGUGACAGUAGUACCCUUGCAUGAGGAGAUGUCCCCAGCCCUGGUCUCCUAUAUAAUCUCUGACACACGUAUGGCUCUACUGUUCGUCACUAAGCCUCGACUGGAGUCAGCCUUGAAAUGCAGUGGGUCAGCAGCACACAUCAAGUGCAUCGUAGUGAUCGAUGUUGACAACCGAAGGGAGAUAGACCCAUCUCUGCUGGCCCAGGCAGAAGCACUUGGUAUCAUGGUACUCACUCUACCCUAUGUCCUUGCUUUGGGACAAGGCAGACCGUUCUCCCCUUAUCCAUCGACUCCCUCUGAUGUGGCCUUGAUAAACUACACGGGAGGCUCGACAGGAGACCCCCUUGGGGUCAUGAUCACACAUGGGAACUGCAUCGCUUCUAUAGGGGCCCUUACAGAGUCCCGUGAGAGUGGCAAUAGCAGCAGCACCCCAGCACUUCAGCCCUCACCGCAGGACUGUAUUGCCUCUAUGCUCCCCCCAUCCGAGGGUCUCGAUAGGACCAUCACUUACCUCGCCAUGUACUCUGGUAGCUGUAUGGGCUUCAUCAGCAGUUGCCAGAAGGAGCAUACAGGAUCUCAACUAGUCUCGGACAUCACCGCUCUACAGCCGACAAUCAUGAUCACCGAGCCUGUCGGUCUGGAGUGCCUCGUCAACACUGUAUUGCCGAGUAGAGGCUCUAAGGGUCGCUGGCCCGCCUGGAUACGACGCUCUGCUCGGCUCCCCAUCCCUGUGAAACGGUCAAGCCCCCCGACGGUGAAGUACAACCGAGGUGCAUUAGGAGGCCGAUUGCGAUUGGUGCUCAGCGGUGGGCGCCUAUUGCCUGGACACCUUCAUCAGACCGUCAAGGCCUUCUUACGGUGUCCUCUCAUCAACUGCCUUACCAUCCCUGAGUGUGGCGGUAUCGCCCUCCUCACCAAUGAGGCAGACUACCGCUGUGGGCUGGUCGGAGGGCCUAUCGCAAGCCUCGACAUGCGACUGGUUGACGCCUCAAUGGAAUGCGGCCUCCGAGACUGCUGUGUGGCCCAUGUUGAUGUCCAGAGUUGUGAGCUGAGGCCUCGAGGAGAGCUCUGUGUUAGAGGCAACAGCGUCUCUCCAGGGUACUUCAGAAGGCCGCAAGCUACACAAAUCCGCUUCGAUUCGGCUGGAUGGUUCCACACAGGGGACGUGGUCGAGGUCCUCCCUGCCGGAGCUGUGAAGCUGUUCGACGAGAGGAUCAGUGACCAGCUGGACCUCGGCGAUGGACGGAUGAUCUCCGCUAGCCGGGUAGAGCUGGCCUAUGAGAGGCAUUGCAAGGGUAUUGAACAGUGUGUGGUGUUUGGCUCCUCUCAAGCCGAGACUAUGAUAGCCCUAGUGGUACCAUGCGUGGAAGCUGCUAAGAUGUGGGCCACUGAAGCGGAGAUACUCUUCCAUGUUGACGAGCUCCUGGAGUCUGACUGGCUGAGAGAUAGAAUAAUCAAGGAGAUGGGGACACUACCGCUGGACGUCCUACCAAAAGGGCGCAAGUAUCGGGUCCAUGAGGUGGAGCUCAUCAAGGAGCCCUUCUCGGUGGCCUGUGGGACCAUUACGGCCUCGGUAGGCCGUCGAUACAGACGGAGCGAGAUAAUGCUCCAGAAUCGGGACAAGAUAGAGACUGCGUUGCGUCGAUUGCCCUUACUACUACCACCAGAGAAGUGCGCAUAUCAGCCUAAUAUUACGGAGCUCGUCACCCCUCGUAAAAUGACGCUAAAAUACGGUGAUGACAUCUUUACUGGGAGUACGGCACUUUGCAGCGACUGGCGACGGCAGAGUGCCUCUACGCCGGAGACUCAAUCGUAUGGGGGGGACGAGCCCCAUCUGAGUGUAUAAGACAGCAGCUGCCUUAUAUGCAAGUUCCAGUCCGUUCCCCUCGUGUGUGUGAAUAUUUUAAAGUAAUCCAUUUUGAAGAUUUUGUAAGUUUCCCUGUAUGCGUGUGAACGGCUACCAUCAUGCCUGUGGUGGUGAGGCUCAAAGUCGCUAAUCGAUUGAGCAGCCAUUACCUUCCAUCCCACUAUCAUGUAUAACCGUCCUAUAUUGACAUCGCCGUAGCUAGUUGAAUCGUUCGGAAACUCUGACAUACUCAAUUCUAUUC